CUCAAAGGGGAAAAAAUCAGAGAGAGAGAGAGAGAGAGAUGGGAGGAGGAGCUGUCAUCAGAACGGCGCGAGUCUCCGGAUUCAGCGCUGUCACCGGCUUCCGGAACAUCCUUCCGACGCCGUCCAGGGCGGAUCAGAUUGCCCGUAGAACCUUGAGGCCCGUUCCCGCCGUCGCAUCUGCUCCGGCGAACGACGCCCACGUCAAUUCCAGGAACGUUCCGAUCGACCCUGUGUUGGUGCAGAAGCCAUCGUGGGAGAUUGAUGAGUGGGAAUUCGCCGAGUACUUGGAUUCGGCAGAUCACCCGCCGAGGGUUGUUUUCGGAGCAGUCCCUACGAUCGAGGAAGCAAGAGAGGCCACAUCGGAUCUGAAAGAUGCUUUGGAGAACAUUUAUUUAUCCUCGUCUACUGUUGGUAAUUGUGACAAGUCUCCUAGAGUCGUGCAAGGGUCUACCCUGCAAGAGCCUCCAAGCUUGGAACAUCUGGAGAUUAAGGCUUGUGUUACCAGUGAAAGUGAAGCAAUCCUUAAAUCUGUGCCAAAACCAGUUAUUAAUGCAUUACAUUUGCUGAAUGAAAGUCCUGAGGCCCAGAAUGUCGUUGCUUCUAUUGUUGCUGAUAAAAAUGUCUGGGAUGCCGUGAUGAAGAAUGACAAGGUUAUGGAGUUCUACCACUCCCAACAGAGAUCAUGCGAUCUCUCCCUUAAUACCUACACAGCCACACAGGAGGGCUUCACAGGACAUGGGUCUGCGGAGCAACUGCCUGGAAGCUUCGGGGACUGGUUUGCUCAGUUUGUAGACAAUGUCAAGCUGAAGGUAGCAAAGAUGGUCAGCAACUUGUCGGAGUUCUUCCAGAAUGUCAUGGGAAGCUCAGCAGAGGAAAACAGCUCUGGGGACAACAAGAGAGGUGACACGAAUUGCACCACAAUGGUCUCUUUUAUGGCAUUGGGAAUCCUAGGGAUUAUCGUUGUCCUGCUGAAGAGGAAAUAAACAGCUGCAGUGAGUGCAGUUUUAGCCUAAUAAAUCUGCUGAAAUUACAUGAAGAAGUAUAUACCUAGGAUAUGUUUAUAGUAGUUAUUAUCUUCAAAAGAACUCAAACAGUUGCACUGAUCUGAAAUAGAUUAUGGGAUUUUUAUUUUU